AUGACGAGUCUCAAACGGUCACUGGCUGAUCCAUAUGCCUCGAACAUCUCAAGCAAAGUCUUUGUGAGAUCAACUAAGAGUGGAAAGGUGCAGAAGAUAGUCAAAGAGUUGUAUCUCAGACGAGACAUUCCAUGUUCGUCGAGACUCUGCUCGGCGUGUCUGGCAAAUGCCCCAGCGGACGCAAAUGGAGUCGUUGCCCCGUUUGUUCUGUCGGAGAAGCCAGCAGGUACAAAGAAUUUUUCCGCUGGUCACUACCUAGUACCAGAUACAAAUGCAUUACUCAAUGGCAUGGACUUGUUCGAAGAGACUUCCGGUUUUCACGAUGUCAUCAUCCUUCAGACAGUGCUGGAGGAGCUGAGAAAUCGCUCUCUCCCAUUGUACAACCGUAUCAUUGGCUUGACUAAAAGUGAAGAUAAACAUUUCUACGUCUUUUUCAACGACUUCCGGCAGGAGACCUAUGUUGUCAGAGAGCAGGGUGAGACCAUCAAUGACCGUAAUGACAGGGCUGUCCGACGAGCAGUCAGUUGGUAUGGACAACAUUUGCAUCAGUCUGUCAGAUCCAGCAAGCGGCCCAUCCAGUGCCCAGCUAUCGUUAUGCUCAGUGAUGAUAAAGAGAACAUUCGAAAGGCUAAAGCAGAGAAGCUUAGCGCCUGCUCUUUGGCCGACUACGUAUCUGGUCUUGAUGAUGCUGAACGUCUUCUUGACAUGAUCAAUGCUUCUCGCCAAGGCCAAGAGUCAAGAAGCACAGCAGCUGAACAGCUUUAUCCUGACUACUUCUCGUUAUCUAAAAUGAUGACUGGUGUCCGAGCCAGCACACUGCAUCAGGGCAUCUUCAAUGUCUCUCCAUACAAUUAUCUCGAGGGUUCUGUACACGUCCCGGCCUUUGACAAGUCUCUGCUUAUACUAGGUCGAGAAAACAGCAACAGAGCUGUGUCAGGGGAUGUUGUUGUGGUAGAGGUUCUGCCACAGUCCCAAUGGAAAGCACCAUCCACCAAGAUCAUCGAGGAAGACACUUUAAACAAGAACGAAAAUGCGGAUGUCGAUGAAGCUGAAGGAGAGGCUGUCGUGACUGAGCAAGAACGCAAGGCGUUGCAAGAAGAAGUCAAAAAGACACAGGGAAAGAGCAUCGAAGGUCGACCACAGCCUACAGCUAGAGUGGUUGGCGUGAUCAAACGAAAUUGGCGCCAAUAUGUGGGACAUGUUGACAGCAGCUCAAGUUCGGCCGCAAAGCAAGGCCGAAAGCAGCAGACCGUGUUCUUGAUACCGAUGGACAAACGGAUUCCUAAGAUUAGACUACGUACCCGUCAAGCAGACGAACUGUUAGGCAAGCGAGUUCUAGUGACUAUCGAUGCAUGGGACCAAAGCUCACGAUAUCCUGAGGGCCAUUUUGUAAGGUCACUUGGUGACCUUGAAACCAAAGGAGCAGAGACCGAGGCAUUGUUGCUAGAGUAUGACGUGCAAUACAGGCCUUUUCCGAAAGGAGUCUUAGAUUGUUUACCUUCCGAAGGUCACGAAUGGAAGGUGCCGGCAAGCACGGAGGAUCCAGGUUGGCAGGGCAGAAAAGAUUUACGUGAUCUUUUGGUUUGCAGUAUCGACCCCGUGGGUUGUCAAGAUAUCGAUGAUGCGCUCCACGCGAGGCCGCUGCCGAAUGGCAAUUACGAAGUUGGAGUUCAUAUCGCAGAUGUGUCGCAUUUUGUCAAGCCAAACAACGCAAUGGAUGCAGAGGCCAGCGUACGAGGAACAACAGUGUAUCUAGUAGACAAACGCAUUGACAUGUUACCCAUGCUCCUAGGUACUGAUCUGUGCUCCCUGAAACCAUACAUCGAGCGUUAUGCGUUCUCCGUUAUCUGGGAAAUCACAAAGAAUGCAGAGAUCGUCAGCUCUUCCUUCACCAAAUCCGUCAUUAGGUCCAGGGAGGCUUUCAGCUACGAGCAAGCGCAAAUGCGAAUCGACGACAAGGCGCAGAAAGAUGAACUAACCCAGGGUAUGAGGACCCUUCUCAAGCUUUCGAAGAAGCUACGUCAGAAGCGCAUGGAUGCAGGAGCUUUGAAUCUUGCGAGUCCAGAAGUGCGUGUGCAAACGGAAUCUGAGACAUCGGAUCCGGUGGAUGUGAAGACUAAGGAGUUGCUAGGCACGAAUUCGCUCGUGGAAGAGUUCAUGCUUCUCGCUAACAUCAGCGUGGCCGGGAAGAUAUACGAAGCAUUCCCACAAACUGCCUUGCUUCGAAGGCAUGCUGCUCCGCCUAAAAGCAACUUUGAGGAGCUCGCGAACCAGCUGAAAGUCAAGCGUGGAUUCAACCUUCGCACAGAAAGCUCCAAAGCAGUUGCGGAUUCACUGGACUCAUGCGUCGACGCGAAGGAGCCUUUCUUCAACACGCUAGUUCGCAUCCUGGCCACACGGUGCAUGAUGUCUGCGGAAUACUUCUGCUCAGGGAGCCAGUCGUACCCCGACUUCCGCCAUUACGGCUUAGCAAGCGAGAUCUAUACUCACUUCACCAGUCCCAUCAGACGAUACGCUGAUCUCGAAGCCCACAGGCAAUUGGCUGCGGCUAUCGAAUACGAGACCCUGGACAUCAGCCUGCACAGCAAAGCAAAGCUGGAAGAAGUGUGCAAAAACAUCAACGUGAGACAUCGAAACGCCCAGAUGGCCGGCCGAGCGAGCAUAGAGUACUACGUCGGGCAGGCGCUCAAGGGACGAGUGGUGGAAGAAGAGGGAUUUGUAAUGAAGGUAUUCUCGAAUGGAUUCGUGGUAUUUGUGCCGCGAUUCGGCAUUGAAGGUCUGAUACGGCUGCGAGACCUAGCCACGCCAGAGCCUGAAGGCGUAUUCGAUGAGGAAGAGUAUAUCCUUCGGGUUAGUGGAACGGGGGUACAUUUGCAGGUGGAGCUAUUCCAGAAGGUUGUCGUGAGAAUCAGUGACGUGAAGGAAGAAUCGACGGGGAAAAGGAAGAUCAAACUUGAGUUGAUGAAGGCCAGCUGA